AUGUUGUCUCAACAUUGCCUGCUGACUUUGGUGGGACAGGCAAAAAUUCCCCUGACUUUGAUGUUGUGAGUACCAACACUUCCAAUGACAGUGAAAAAACCUUGAUAGAUAGUAACAAUUCGGAGCGCACUCUGCCGGACAGAGUGGACUCUGUGGACAGUCAGGACGAUCCCUUCAGCUGGAACAGACAGAACAGUUUAGCGUCAACUAUGAAAGAAUGGGAUAUUCCCUUUGAAGAUCUUUACAUCACUGAGGCUAUUGGGAAAGGGAGGAUUGGGACUGUAUAUAAAGGAUUGUGGCAUGGUGAUGUGGCCAUUAAAUUAUUGGAUGCCGGGAAUAGCACCAACAAUGAUUCUCAAUUAGCGGCUUUUAAACUUGAGAUUGCAAUUUUGCGGAAGACACGACAUGAGAAUCUAGUAUUAUUUAUGGGUGCUUGUAUGACGCCACCUAGAUUAGCUAUUGUUACAAGUUUCUGUAAAGGACAGACACUGUAUACUUUGAUACACCUCAACAAGACCUCAUUCAAGAUAAAUAAGGCCAUUGUUAUAGCAUCGCAGGUGGCUCAGGGCAUGAGUUACCUGCACGCAAGGGGCAUCAUCCAUAAAGACCUGAGGACAAAGAACAUUUUCAUGGACAGCGGAAAGGUGGUCAUCACCGACUUUGGUCUUUUCCACGUUACCAAGUUAUGUAGGGGCAACAACAAAGAUAACUGGCUGUGUGUACCAAAGGGCUGGUUGUGUUACCUGGCACCGGAGAUCAUCCGGUCUCUUAAAGCUAUGCAGCAGUUGCAGUCUGAUUUGCCUUUCACAAAAAUGUCAGACAUGUACGCUUUUGGCACUGUUUGGUAUGAACUGCUAUGCAAUGAUUGGCCGUUUCGCAGUCAGCCUUGUGAGACUAUCAUUUGGCAAGUGGGUCAAGGUAUUAAGCAGUCAUUGAGCACUGUUAACUCUCCUAGAGAAGUUAAGGAGAUUCUCAUAUCAUGUUGGUCAUUUCGUGCCAGUGAGCGUCCAGACUUCUCACAGAUUGCCAAGGCUCUAGACCGUGUCCCACGUACACGUUUGAUUCGGAGCCCCUCUCACCCUUGCCAGCUGAGCCGGAGUUCAGAUGCACUGUCAUUGGUUUGA